AUUCGACGGGUACCAUUGUCCGAGCAUCGACACGCGCUCGGCAUUUCCGUCGGUCAUCUUUAUUAAUCGCGCCCGAUCCAAGAAACGAUUGGCAGAAAUAGCCUACGCGCCUCCUCGCCGGCCGAUAUCUCGUCGCCGCAUGAAGCCGCGGUGCUGUCGCCCGAUCGUUUUAGUGCGGCCAAGUACAAUGCACGACGAUAAUUCGGAAGUAACUACCGUCCACGCAAACUACAAGCCGCGUUAUAUGUGCGCGUUACAUCUCCACGACGAAAUCGCUCACGACGGCGACGGACCGAGUGUGAUCUGGGACAUCGUCUCGACGUUAACUGGCGGAUCAUCAAUCGCGUGGACGUCCUCGAGCAACAUUAUGUAAAUGCUUCUCGCCGACACCCGACACAAUUCUGGUUAACGGAUGAGACUGAUAGCUACUACCGGCGGCUUUUAGCCAGAGAUUGAUAGUAUUCGGUAUUCCCGGAAAAGCAUAUCAUAAGGUGAGCGAUCACGGUCAUGGUCUUGAGUGGGCCGUUCGCGGACUCCAACUUCCUGGCUAUCGCACCGUCUAAAAUCAAAUUUAAACCGCCUCUCACGGAAACCCGACCUUCGACGAUGGUAGGUGGUCGUAGGGUGAAGCAUGCGGCGAGCAAUGAAACCACCACCACGUCCACAGUCAUCGGCGGCGUUACCAAUAGGAGCGACAACAACGUCGUUGUCUCUACUGUACAACCGACCACCACUCAGCAAAAAGUUCGACGGAUCUUCGAGGAGCAGGCCAGGUGGCAAGAAAGCUCACGCAGACACGUAAAAUGCACAUCAUCGGAUACUACCUAUUGCGUGAUUAACAACUACAACAUCGUCGCUUCUAGAAGCGAACUUGCUCGAAAUAACCGUGCCGCGAGUGAAACGACGACCAGCGUCACCAGCAAAAGACGAACGCCGUCGACUGUAAACGGGAGAAUUCAUUCCAAAGAGGAAACUACUCGGAACGGCAUUCCCGUCGCAGAGGACUCGAGAAGAUCGAAGGGCGUGUCGAAGGAUUCGGCAAGACCAGGUAUCUCAAGAGGCAUCCAGCGAGGUAUAAUCAAGUCCGCUUCCGUACCGAAAGAUUUGAAAGAAGGUCUUCCAGUGAGAGAAAGAACAUUGCAACGGGUGCCGGAGGAGGGCAUCCUGAAGAGGUCUUCCGCCUUCCUGGCGAGUCUAACAUAUCAUCAUCCAUCCAGCAAACUCACGGAGAAGAGCUCGCCGGACGACGAGUCGCUUAAGUUCCUCAGGCCAUCCGACAGUUACGAGCUUCGUGGUUCCUCAUCCUCAAAAGAUAACGAUCUAAAGGGAUAUUUCUCGAUUCUGACAAACAGUGACGACGCGGAACUAUGCGCUUUACGGCCGUCGCAUAGUGUUCAAACGUUAUCGACGAACCUGAAGAAGAAGGGCGUCGGGGUGAAGAAAUCAGUUUCCUUCAGCUCCGACACCAGCUUUGAGGAGAAACGCGCGCCAUAUCGGAAAUCUGCCGUUCACGAGGCCAAGAUCUACCGCAAAGGUGUGCUUCAAGACCACGUGCGUAAAGAGACGACCAAAACAAAAGUGCCGCCCUCGUGGGAAAUACCCUCCGGGGGCCCUACGGCCCUUCUGAGGGCCGCCAGAGAGGCGGACGACACCGGUCUCAAAGAAAUCGUCGCGCAGGCUCGGAAGGUAGGGUUGAAAGGCAUGGACGUCAACGUGGUUGACAGUAGCGGAAGGACGGCCAUAAGCUACAUGGCUGGAAACGGCGCGGCGGCGAUGCUGGAGCUGGCACUCUCUUUUGAAGGUGUGGACCCGAAUCUGCCCGAUAACGAGGGUAACACGCCGCUUCAUUUUGCCGCCCAGGCCGGUAAGUGAUCGAUUAUGUUAUGAAUAUCAAGUUGCGUUCGUGAUCCAAAACGUUUCUGUGAGACCGUAAUACGCACGGUUUCCGAUAAAACAUCAAUGACGCAUUGUGAAAGUCAAUCCGUUUGAUCUUGCAAUUUUCCAGAAAUUCCGAAAUUCCCAGAAUAUCCAGUAAAAUCAUGUGCAAUGUCAUAUAUAAAAAUAUCGUUGCAGGUGCAAUAUCUUAAAUUCGCAAGAGUACAAAAAAAUUUAAGAAAAUUUUAAAAUACUCAAAAUGCAAUUUACAAUCUUUUUUAUUGCUUUUAUUCUCUACAUCUAGAGAAAGUGACAAGAAUAAGUGCUGCAUUAAUCAUAUGCUCGAAGCGUAGAGAAGAGUAGGUGUCGAAAGUGUGUUAUAGUUUUCAUAGGAAUCUUUAAAAUGUGUUUAUUCGGUAGCGACUGGUUUAGAAUAUAAUUUACCUCAAUGUUUACUCUUGGCUUUUUUCUGCCGCAGAAAAGAAUCACCCUCUCUUGAUAGAUGUGGCCACGUGGCUGCAAAAUGGUUGUAUACAUCCGUUGCAGAUUAACCAUAAAUAUAAAAAAAAUAACACGAUGAAGUUCGAGAGAUGUUUAUUUAGAUGCAUGACGAA